UGGCUCCUCACAUCCUCCAUCCCCAACAGGCCUCAGAAGUCAGAACACCUGUUUACGUAGUAGCUCAAACUUCUAGUCUCUGGUCACACAUCCAGUAUGGCCUCGAGAACCUCCGUGCCCUCCCUUGCGCUCCUCCUCGCGCUGCUGCUCUCGUGCGCCGUCAUGAUGAGCAGCGCGGCGCGGAAGCUGGAGGAAGAAGCGGCGCCCAAGGAGGAGGAACCGGAGUUGCCGCCGCACCUGCCGGUGCCGGAGUUGCCGGUGCCAGAGCACGAGCUGCCCCCGCUGCCCAAGGUCGAGCUGCCUCCGUUCCCGGAGGUGCACCUGCCGCCGAAGCCGGAGCUGCCGCCCUUCCCCAAGGUGGAGCUGCCGCCGAAGCCCGAGAUGCCCUCCAUUCCAGAGUUCCACUUCCCACAGCCGGAGGCGGCUAAGCCAUGAGCCCAAGAUGCAUCCUACGGCAUAUAUGCCGCGCUAGCUAUAUACUCCGCUGGUUGUGUUGUUGUCAAGCAUGGACUUGGCACUCGUGAUGUGCCCUUGUACACGGUGUGUUGCAUUGCCUUGUGUUCUCGCGUCAGCUAUUGACUUCUUGCUUUUUUGUGGUUUCAA